GCAGAGGGCCGGCCAGGUUCCCAGAGGCCACAGCUGUCGUCCUCGGAGGCCUCGGGCCGGCUCCCGCUCCCGGCUCAGGCCCUGUGUGGAGAAGCUCGGAGGAGCACCGGAGGGACGGUUUUGGGGUCGGGUCCCGGCCCGCUGCGUCCCCAGCUUUCUUCACGGUGAAAAGCAGGCCUGAGCAGACUGUCUCUGCACCUUCUCCUGGGGCCUGCCCUCCGGACGCCGUCACCGUAGAGGCACAGGGUCUCCAUCAUCGCUGCGCCAGCUUUUGUCCACAUGGACUGAUGCUUUAGGUCGCCUUUCCUCCCUGCCUCUGCUUCCUUCCGCCUCCUCCAUCGUCUCGCACCCGUUACCUGCAGCUUCCCGUUUACCCAAUACAGCCAUUCACUCUCAGUUCAGCCCUUGUCUUACAUGAUCCCUGCGACGCUAAAAAGAGAAAAAAAAAAGCUUUGAAUUUUGUAAAAGAUAUAAACGGACACUUUUAAAAGCCCAGACAGUGCAGAACACUGUGAAGGAUGAAAGAUCACUGGGAAUCCAGAGUCCCAGAAACAACUGGGUUAUCAUUUUGGUGGCCAACCCUCUAGGUGUCUCUGGGCAUCCUUCCAGCACUCCUGCUCUGCUGUUCCAGAACCUGCCUCCUACACUGGGUUGUGUGUGGGGAGCGUUUUCCUGCACAGAUGUUCCACGCAGCUGCAUAUCCUUUCUCAUGGUGGAGCUCUUCCUCAAAACAGCCCACCCAGUCCUUUGUGUGGACCCUGAGCUGUUGACAGUCGCAAUGAAGGCCCCUGCCCCUCGCCUGCCAGGUCAGAGUACACAUCUCUUUGCUGCCAUACAGGUCACUCCUACAGACUCUGGCAGCUGUUGGCGCGGGGUCCCCUCUGGCUGCUGUGACCCACACUCUUCCCUGCCUUUGGCUCCCUUCCAGGGGCCUCUGCGGGACCCUCCUUCCAGCCUGCCCCUUCACGAUUUGUCCCCUGUUCUCCUUGAACAGUUCUUUCUACUGCUUUUGUUACCCUAGAUCUGCACCUGGAUGUGCUCCCAAGGCCGUAGCACCGUCAAAGCAGAACUAUUUCUCUUGUUUUCCUUUGCCGGUUUGUACCUCAUGGGCUCUCUGGUCAGAUGCGGAGAGUCCCAAAGGCUGUCCUACCACACAGCCUUUGCACAGCUGCCCCUCCCAUCCUGGCUGUCCCUCUGCACACUACUCAGAAGUCGUUUUGUGGAGGACUUACCUGGAGCUGGCCAGGAUGUGGGCCGAAGCUGCAUCCUGGUCUCCAUCGGGGGCAAGAAUGUCAUGCUGGACUGCGGAAUGCACAUGGGCUUCAAUGACGACAGGCGCUUCCCUGAUUUCUCCUACAUCACCCGCAAUGGCCGGCUGACCGACUUCCUGGACUGUGUGAUCAUCAGCCACUUCCACCUGGACCACUGUGGGGCACUCCCCUACUUCAGCGAGAUGGUGGGCUACGACGGGCCCAUCUACAUGACCCACCCCACCCAGGCCAUCUGCCCCAUCCUGCUGGAGGACUACCGCAAGAUUGCUGUGGACAAGAAGGGCGAGGCCAACUUCUUUACCUCCCAGAUGAUCAAAGACUGUAUGAAAAAGGUGGUAGCUGUCCACCUCCACCAGACGGUCCAGGUGGAUGAUGAGCUCGAAAUCAAGGCCUACUAUGCAGGCCACGUGCUGGGGGCAGCCAUGUUCCAGAUUAAAGUGGGCUCAGAGUCUGUGGUCUACACGGGUGAUUAUAAUAUGACCCCGGACCGGCAUUUGGGAGCUGCCUGGAUUGACAAAUGCCGCCCCAACCUGCUCAUCACAGAGUCUACAUAUGCCACGACCAUCCGGGACUCCAAGCGCUGCCGGGAGCGAGACUUCCUGAAGAAGGUCCACGAGGCUGUGGAGCGUGGCGGGAAGGUGCUGAUCCCUGUGUUUGCGCUGGGCCGCGCUCAGGAGCUCUGCAUCCUGCUGGAGACCUUCUGGGAGCGCAUGAACCUGAAGGCCCCCAUCUACUUUUCCACGGGCCUCACGGAGAAGGCCAACCACUACUACAAGCUCUUCAUAACCUGGACCAACCAGAAGAUCCGGAAGACCUUUGUCCAGAGGAACAUGUUUGAGUUUAAGCACAUCAAGGCUUUCGACCGAGCAUUUGCUGACAACCCGGGUCCGAUGGUUGUUUUUGCCACACCAGGCAUGCUGCAUGCUGGCCAGUCCCUGCAGAUCUUCCGGAAGUGGGCAGGGAAUGAGAAGAACAUGGUCAUCAUGCCUGGCUACUGCGUGCAGGGAACCGUGGGCCAUAAGAUCCUCAGUGGGCAGCGCAAGCUGGAGAUGGAGGGGCGGCAGGUGCUGGAGGUCAAGAUGCAGGUGGAGUACAUGUCCUUCAGUGCCCAUGCCGAUGCCAAGGGUAUCAUGCAGCUGGUGGGCCAGGCGGAGCCUGAGAGCGUGCUGCUGGUGCAUGGGGAGGCCAAGAAGAUGGAGUUCCUGAAGCAGAAGAUUGAGCAGGAGUUCCGGGUCAGCUGCUACAUGCCAGCCAAUGGUGAGACGGUGACACUGCCCACAAGCCCCAGCAUCCCUGUAGGCAUCUCGCUGGGGCUGCUGAAGCGGGAGAUGGCACAGGGGCUUCUCCCUGAUGCCAAAAAGCCCCGUCUCCUGCAUGGCACUCUGAUCAUGAAAGACAGUAACUUCCGGCUAGUGUCCUCAGAGCAGGCCCUCAAGGAGCUGGGUCUCGCCGAGCACCAGCUGCGCUUCACCUGCCGUGUCCAUCUGCACGACCCUCGCAAGGAGCAGGAGACAGCCAUGCGCGUCUACAGCCACCUGAAGAGCGUCCUCAAGGAGCACUGCGUGCAGCACCUUCCCGACGGGUCCGUGACCGUGGAGUCCAUCCUUAUCCAAGCCGCGGCCCACUCCGAGGACCCAGGCACCAAGGUGCUGUUGGUCUCCUGGACCUACCAGGAUGAAGAGCUGGGAAGUCACCUCACGUCACUGCUCAAGAAGGGCCUACCCCAGGCCGCCAGCUGAUCACCAGCCAGAGGGCCCUAGGCUUCCCUCUAGAGCCAUGUCUGUGCCUCAGGUCUUCCCUGUGUCCCUGGAUGUGGAGCCCACGGCUGGUCACAGCACUUGUCUGUGAGGACACAACCAGCGUUAUGUGCCUACGUGAUUGGCCAGUUCUCGCUGAGGAAAGAAAUAGGCCUGGGGACUUCAUCACCCUUUAUUUCUAUUCCUGAGCCCCCAAGAGAUGGGUGGUUGCUCCUGAGGUAUUUUGUCCAGUAAAAAGAGAACCAAAGACCA